CAUUUCUCGACAGACGACGCUAACCUGCAGAAAAUUUUUAUCAUUGGAAAUCUGUCGAUUGACUUAAGGAUGACAACACUAAAUUGUAAGAGAAUAACAAUGGUUGGUAACGAGACCAAUCUGGAUGGUUUGGAAUUUGAUGGUGAAGCAGUAUUGUGUCGAGUUUGUGGAGAUAAAGCAAGUGGUUUCCACUACGGUGUUCAUGCAUGUGAAGGAUGUAAAGGCUUCUUCAGACGCUCUAUUCAGCAGAAAAUUCAAUACAGACCCUGCAUUAAAAAUCAACAAUGCCAUAUUCAAAGAGUAAAUAGAAACAGAUGUCAAUACUGUAGACUGAAAAAGUGUGUUACCGUUGGCAUGUCCAGAGACGCCGUCAGAUUUGGAAGAGUUCCGAAGAAAGAGAAGGCAAAAAUUAUGGAACAAAUGCAAAAAAUGAGUAAUGCAUUUCAGGAUAGCGCUAUCGUAUCGGCUUUAGAUAACGUUGAAGACAUGGGUACAGUAAUAACAGAAUCUCAUUUGAAAUCUUCUCACUUUACCAGUCAACAUUAUCGCAGACUACAUGAACUUGCUUGGAAAGAGCAAAGUUACGCCCAUUGUCCUCCCUACUUAGCAUGCCCUCUUAACCCAAAUCCAAGCUCAUUCGAUAGCCUACAAAAGUGGGAAGAGUUACAUGACACAUUUACACCUAUAAUACAAUCUAUAGUGGAAUUUGCAAAGGGUAUUCCCGGAUUCGAGCUUCUAUGUCCUGACGACAAGGUUACACUGCUUAAAGCAGGGACUGUGGAGGUCCUUUUUGUACAAAUGUCAUGUUUAUUCGACGGUAAAACCAGUACCAUGAUCUUUACAAACGGGCAACUUUAUAAACGCUCACCAAAUAAUAGUAGCUCCCUUCUAGACUCAACUUUCACUUUCGCUAAUAAUUUAAACAACAUGAAAUUGAGCGAUAGCGAAAUGGCGUUAUUUUGCGCUCGGGUGCUCAUCUCUCCUAAUAGACGUCAACUUAGAAAUACAAAGCAGGUGGAAAAAAUAUCUGAGAGAAUAAUUGGAGCACUUAGCGUGGCGGCAGAGAAAUCUAGAAUGGACGCGGAGAACUUUAUUAAUAAACUUAUGACGAUGGUGUAUGAUUUGGAAGCCCUUAGUUCUGCUCAUAGUCUAAAGAUGAAUAAACCAAGAGAAAAGUCACCAGAACCACAAAGGAGAUAUUCAAUGCCCUUUCUCUCUAUGAAGAAGGAUGAUAUACCAUCAGUUGGCGAAAGAAGAAAUACUUUUUCGGUUAAUCGAGGUGAUGGAUCAAAUGGAAAGAAAAGUGCGCUAAGAACCGCCUUAUCGUCACCACCUUUGUCAAGUGUCAAAGAAAGCUUACUGAUGGAUAAAGAGUUAAAGGAAAAAAUGUGCACAGCAACAGUAACUCCUCUAGCAUUACUUGCCAGUAAUAUGCCCUCGUCAACAAUUCUCCUGCAACACUAUCAACAGCAGAUGGCGAAUGUGGAUACUCAAUUUCCAAUGAUCACUAACCAGUAG